AUGGCGCCCCGUGUAGCUUUGGGCGCGAACGCGCUCGCGGCUACCAUCCUCGGCCUGACCAUCGGGUACGGCAUCAAGUUCGGCCAGACGGUGCAUGUUGACGGAAGCGCCGGGGCCAUUGCGCAGACGCGGUGCUUAUUCAUUGGGGAAUGCAAAACCGUCGACGUCGACCACUGCUUCUGGAGUUCUCAAGUAAUGAUCCUGGCGCUGGCGCUGGGCGGCAUUCUCGUGGGGGAUUUUACGCUCUGGGCCUUUUCGCUACACUCCAAAUACAUGGAUGAGUACGCCCCAGAGUGUCUUAAAAAGGGACUCUUUGCCCGGAUCUUUGGGCCCAAACCGCAGCGACAACGGGUCGAGGAGGAAGCAGGUGAUACAAAUCCAAACUCUGGCAUGCGCAGCCACGAAUCUUCUAGCCUAUUCACGACCGUCCUGGGCGCCUUAUGCUGCGUGUCGGCACUCGCCCUCUUUGCGCCGCACAAGACGAAUUUCACCAAGGGUGGCGCGAUAACAUCGUACUCUACCGAAGACUAUCUUUCUUUGAAGUCUGUCGUCUCCUCUGAAGGAGUUAGAAAGGGCCUCAAUGAUCUACUGGUGGAUAGUGCGUCCGUCACCAAAGACGCUGCUGUAGCCUGGCUGGGCUCAAUCAGCAGGGAGAAAUACGUCCGUGAACGACACCAAGGCCAAACUGAAGUUCGUCGCACUUAUCGGAUAGGCGACACGACGUACCAGGGUAUCAGAACCAAUGGAAUUGGCGUAAACAUGGCCAGCUUCCAAGAGUAUUUCCUUACUGGGCUCGACAAGGAUCGCAUCUUGCGAGACCACGGGUAUAACACUUCCUGGAUCAACGCACCAGACUAUCGAUUUGGCAGUCUGGAGGCGAUGGUCUAUGGCACUGAAAUGACGGUCGUCUGCGAAGAUGUGACCAAUAAAUUUGACGUUCAAGCGGGCCUGGGAACUGUGAAGCAUACAACUUCCAAGCCUGGGUCGAAGCCCAACGCGACGCCCCUUGCGGUAGCAUACGAUGUUUCCAAUUCGCAACUUGGCAUAUACUGGCACAUCUUCCACGAGCUGGGUCAAGACUUCAAGGUCACGCCAUAUCGCAAGGUUUUCAGCCCAGAACAAUAUAUCGUCAUCACGGACUCGUCCAAAAAGCUCUUUCAAGAUGUUAGUGUACUAGAAUGUUCUUACAAGGGCGACGACUUUGUGACGAAAAUCAACAUGCGACCUGACGGUAUCGAAAUCCGCGGGCGGGAUACGAACCGCAACAAAUUGAAAACUUCUCACCUCAACCUGGUGAAUCAAGCAAUCUCACCCGUGCUAGAGGAUGCAACUGGACCUUUGCAGCAUGCUCUCAAGGAAGCACGGGUAGCAUGGGCUGGAAGGCGCGGGCGAACACAAUACGACAAUUUCGUGAUGCUGUCAAUGGUCCAAGACGUUCUUACAGAUUUGGCGUCGGGAUAUUGGAGUCUGAUGCGCCAGCAGAUUGAGACGUCUAUGGGCCUCCCAUCUGCCUUGCUUGACAGCAAGCGCCAAAAACAAUACGAGAAACUUGGAUUAUACAAUGGGCACCUUCACGGAUCCUACACCCGACUUGGCGGUUCCCUCUGGGGAUUGAUCCUGCCGUCACUGCUUCUGGUCCUCCCGCUGUUCUCCCUGUGGCGCAUGCUGCUGGCGCUUUUCAUUGACAAGAUUAUUGACUUUCGUGCCCGACGAGAGAGCGGCUCUACUUAUUGGCAACCCCUCUUGCAAAGCGAUGAGGAGGUUGUCGACUACUAUGACGUUCCGCCUCCUAUGCCGCCGCCCAAGGACGACGAGGAAGAACCGCCGCCGCCAUAUGCAAGUGAGAAUGGCGAAAUGUCUGCUCAAGAAGGCGUGGGGCUCUAA